CUCGCGUUCGACGAGGAGGCCAAGCUCGUGUUCGGCGUCGUCUUCAGCCUGCGCAACAUGGUCUCCAAGCUCUCGCCCAGAGACGACGAGUCUUUCCACUCGGUGUCGACCUCGGCCUACAAGCUGCACUACCUGCGCACCCCGACCGCCUUCCACUUUGUCCUCGUCACCUCGCCCUCGCACCCUUCGCUCCGCCCGCUCCUCCACCAGAUCUACGCCGGCCCGUUCAACGAGUUCGUCGUGCGCAACCCGCUCGCGAGCCUCGACACGCAGACGGGCGCGCGAGGAGUCGACAACCGCCAGUUUCGCAGGGCGGUCGACAAGAUGCUCGCGGCCGUGUGA